CGCUCGCGGCCAUACCGCCACUGCAUUGCAUUUGGUGUGUUCAUUGUAGUAUGCUGGCAUGGCCAUCACUUCCACGGGGCGGCCAAUGUGGGCCUCCCGCGCUUUCUAUCACAGUCGCUCAAGGGGCCAUAAACGUCUUCUGCGCCCCCUAUACUACAAACGUUUCCUACAGAUAUAACUGCUGAAUAGCCCACUAAGCACAUUUCUGUGCCGGAAGCUAAGCCGAGCACCAAUCGAUUUGCAGACGCAUAGUCGCUCGGUCGGAGCGUGCCGGAACUCCCUGUGCCUUCCGUCUGCCUCAUAUCAGCUACUACACGUCAUAAGAGUGACAGGACAUGCUGUAGGUAGCGUUCAGGCGCGCUCUCAAGGGAGCGCAGUUUGCGCCGGCUGGCUUUCCACUCAGGCCAGACACAGGAUUGCCCCAUCCAGCCGAACCUGAGAUUUGGAGGCAAUGGACGGGCCCCAGGUCAAGCUGGAGCCUGGUGCCGUGGCGCCCAGGACGGGCACGGAGCUCGACAAUGGCGCGUUCGCCCAAGAGCUGCAAGACCUAGGCUUGCUUGACUUUGCACAGGACUGCGACUUCAGCCGCUUCGCCGCGGGCACUGGCGGGCUACCCCCCUCCGCUCGGCACCCCUCCGGUCUCGCUGGACCCGUCGUCGGACACAACAACCCGCCUCCUCAACCCACCAACACGCUCGAAAUCCAGCAGUGCCAGCAGACGAACCAAGCUACGGACCUUGCGACGACACGCGCGUUGCAGGUGCUUGCGUCGACGCGCUUGCAGCUCAACGCUCUGCAACAGGCCUCCUACACGCCGCGGCCCACCGGCUCAGCCGCGACUGACGGCAGCGGCUCCAAGCGACGCAAGACCUCGCGCGGCGCAGACGCAUCCGGCAGCCGCGGCGGCAGCAAGGGCCUGCGCCACUUCUCCAUGAAGGUGUGCGAAAAGGUGGAGGCCAAGGGCCGCACCACCUACAACGAGGUCGCCGACGAGCUGGUGGGCGAGAUGAGCAAAAUGGAGGCGAUGAAUAAGAAUGGGCAGUACGACGAGAAGAACAUCCGGCGUCGCGUGUACGACGCAAUUAACGUGCUAAUGGCGAUGGACAUCAUCCAGAAGGAGAAGAAGGAAAUCCUGUGGCGCGGCUUCCCGCGCCUAUCCUGCAACUCGGCCGACCGGGUGAAGGCCGAGCGGGACGCCAAGAUCAAAGAGGUGGAGCAAAAGCAGCUGUACCUGCAGGACAUGGUGGAGCAGCAGAAGGCGCUGAAGAAGCUGCUGGAGCGCAGCGCGGCGCGGCAGAGCAACGGCGCCAACACCAGCGAGACCAAGCUGUUUCUGCCCUUCAUCCUGGUGCAGGCCAAGCCCGACGCCACAGUGGAGGUGAAGAUUUCGGACGACAUGAUGGACGUGCAGUUUGACUUCUACCACUCGCCGUUCCAGAUCCACGACGACAGCCACGUGCUCAAAAAGAUGGCCGAGCACCAGGGCCGCCAGCCGCCGCCGCCACUGCCCAACCAACCGCCCACAGCCGGUGCGCUGGCGGGCGGACUGCCGCCGCAGUUCCCGCCUGGGCUUGGCGUGCCGCCGUUCCUACCGCCGCCGCUCACAAACGGCGCGCUGCACGGCAACCUGCUGGGCGGCAUGCACUCGCCCAUGGCCGACCACGCGCACCUGGCGCAGCUGGCGCAGGCGCACGGCAACCCGCUGACCUUCGGCUUCGCGCCGCCCCUGUACACCCACCCCUCGGGGCAGCACAACCACCACCAGCACCACCACCACCACCACCCGCAGCAGCAGCAGCUUCAGCAGCCACAUCAACUGAUGCAGCAGGGCGGGGACAGUGGCCUGGGCGGGGUGUCGCGGCCGUCGGGGUCGCAGGGCGGUGCGCCGGGCGCGGCAGGCACGGUGGCGGGGCAACAAGGAGCGGGCGGCGGCGCUGGGCCGGGCGCGGCAGGGCCGGCGCAGCUGCUGCAAGCGCUGCAGGCGCAGCAGGGGCCGCAGCAGGGGCGGCGGUCUUCAGGCGGUGCGCCUGGAGCGCCUGGCGGCAUGGGGCCUGGCGGCAUGCCGCCUCUGCCCGGGCUUGCAGGCCUGCCAGCCGCGGCGGCGCCAGCGGGCCCCAGCGCGGCGCUAGGCCCUGCCGGGGGCUCGGGCCAGCUACUGGCUCCGCAGCUGUCUGGACAGAUGUCAGGGUCACUGCCGCUUCCACCCGUUCUGGCCCCGCCGCCGUCGUUGGGCGUCCUGCCGCUGCUGCCACACGCGCCGCCGUUGAACGCCGGUGCGCUGCAGCUGCCGCCUGGGCUCGCGUCGGCGCUGGCGGCGCCACCGCCGCUGACACUGCAGCCUGGUCCGCAGGGGCCGUCGCAGCAGGCUUCUGCGUUUCCAUUGAUGGCGUGAAUGACACAACACGUGGUCAAGCAUCACGUCACGCUCGGCAUGCCAGCGUUGUGCGCCAAGCUGCUCCACAAGCUGCUGGGCAGUGGAGCUUUGGCGAGGGACCACGCUGGUACAAGAUCUUGCACUACCAGAUAGGAGCAGCAGAGGCAGUCGCAGUUUGUGAGCACCAGCACCUGCAGCUUUAGCUUGCGCCUGCACCGGCGCGCUCGUUUCAGCGCAUAGAGCAGGGCAUAUCUCUCCGGGCCUGUGUCAUAUGGCCUGCCGGCAGCAUUUGCCUGGCGCAGGAGUCUCUUGUGUGUCUUGAUAAGGAGCAGGGCGGGGUUCAUUUGAUGUCUGAGCAGGAGCAGGGCAACCAGCGCGCCGGUGGGCCCGUAGGCGCGGCUGUAGAGUGAACGCAUACUUCGGCUCGCCGACCGGCUGGCUGCACAGGGGGGGACGCGCGCAUGCAGGCACGGACAGGUUAGAGCAGGGCGCACGCGGCCAAAGGGUGACGUACGUAUGGGCUUUUGUUGAUCUGGGUGCCAUCAAGGCAGGCCAUAGGGUUACGGUUAGUAGGUGGGUUGGCAAGGCCGCGAAGAGUUUUGCUGAUCUGGUACCGGACGAUUGUUGAAGGGCCGCAGCCUUGACCGUAGGGAGCUGCAUAUCUGCGUUACAUGGUAGGAGACUGAGAGUUGCAUGAUUCAAUUUCACGAAAUGCACUGUUGACGUGUGGGGGACGCUGCACAUAUACAGGCACUGCGUCCGUAGUGGCUUCGGGUGGGGGCGGGCAUCGGACGAUGGCAUCAUGGCGUGCGGUGCGGCAACCGCGAGUUUGCUGUAGCAUGGCGCAUCCACUUUACGUCGGCCGCGAUGGAGAUGUGGGGGCUUGUAGACCGUGCAUACACGCCCGGACGGGCUGUACGAGGCCGCAGACUGUUCACGACGGACCCGAAUUCAUGGUGACACAGCAUGGUCAUGCUGGGACACAGCAUGAUACGGUUAAACCCCUAUGCUCGGACUCCCGCCAUAGGGACGCGUAUAGGGACGCGUAGCGGGCCCAGGCUGAGUCGCUCUGAGUCUGAGGAUGCCAGGGCGGCACCGCCCAUGCGGCCGAGUCGCUGUGCGCGAACCCAGAGUAAUUA